AGCUAACGUCAGCUAACGCUAAAAAAGGACUGUGUGAUUUGUUUGACAACACGCUGCCGGCUAGUUGCUAGGCAACUGGAGGAGCAAAUGUUGCAUUUCAGGACUUUAGUAAAGCAAUAUCCGAGCAGUCCUUAUGUAAAGUUCACGGACUGUUUCUUGGUUUAGAGCACCCACUGUUCCAUAACAACUCGUAUUAUGCAGUAUAUAACGUUAGCAUUUCUAUUUUCACAUGAAUGUGAGUCGUACUUUAGAAUUCGGAACACUAAAGUACAACGUUCCGAGAAUAAUUUGAAUGUAGCACUAAGGUCACUCGUGUUAGCCAUACCGCGAGGCAAACAAUUUGGGGGUGAUGAUGAAAAGAUUCGCUCUUAUACAUCGUUAAAUUUGUAAGCCUGUGGUUUGUAUUGCAUACGAAAUCAAACUUGGAAAACACGUGUGUUUGUUUUUGCAACGGGAUAUCGGAGAAAAGGCUGCUGUCAUUUGCUGUCCCCUCAAUGGGUUUACUGAAUGCAUUAAGAACUGUCAGAUGCUACCUGAGCCCCUUUCCAACAUCCAAAUCAUGGUUCUCCACCAAAGCCUCCCUGCUGGGGGACAAGAACAUCUUGCUCAUGGGUCCUCCUGGAGCAGGGAAGACCACAGUGGGGAGGAUAGUGGCCCACAGACUAGGGCUACCUGUCAUUGACGUUGAUGACGAUGUCUUGGAGACGACGUGGAAGAUGCCCGUGGCUGCCAAGCUGGCAGCAGUUGGCGGAGAGCGUUUCCUGGAGGAAGAAGGCCAGGCUUUGUGUAACUUCUCCGCCUCAGGGUGUGUUGUUUCCCUGACAGGCUCUAACCCUCUUCACGCUGCAGCGAUGCAACACGUCAAAGAGUCCGGACUGGUCAUCUACUUGGAUGUGGACGGUGAAGACAUCAUACGAAGACUCGCCAGGAUGAAGGUGAACAGGAUCGUGGGCCAGGAGGCAGAGGCAUCCAUGAGCGACAUUCUGCGUUACAGGAAACCGUUUUAUGAGAAAUGGCUUGACGUGCGGGUGCUGUGUGGAAGAGGGGACACGGUGGAGGAAGUCGCGGAGAAGGUGCUGAAAGCUGUGGAGAGAUAUCAGAACCACGCUGCAGAAACCUAUGUGUCAACCAGGAGUGACAGUGUGGCAUCGUCCAAACAGAAAACCUACUUUAGUGAUGUUGUGGUUGAGGGCCUGGCCACAAAUGGAGGCCUCUACGUUCCCAGGAAUGGCUUCCCAAACAUUGGUGCUCGUGAAUGGUUGAGACUAGCCGACAUGUCGUACCCAGAACGAGCAUUAGCUUUACUUGAAAAGUGCAUACACCCAUUGGAUAUCUCUGCUUUGGAUCUCAGAACAAUGGUAUUCAAGGCAUACGGGUCUAACUUUUCUAGUGAGGCAGUAGCACCUGUAAAACAUCUCAUCCGCAAUCAGUAUGUUCAGGAGCUCUUCCACGGCCCCACCGCCUCAUUUAAAGACCUCGCCUUGCAGCUGAUGCCCCAGCUCUUCGCCUACUGCCUCCCACAGAUGUGCAACUACCUCGUUCUCGUAGCUACCUCUGGGGACACGGGAAGUGCAGUGCUCAGUGGGUUCAGCAGCCUCCGUGGCACCGACGUACACAGGACCGGGGUGCUGGUGUUUUUCCCGGAGGAAGGCGUGAGUGAGAUUCAGAAGCUUCAGAUGACGAGCUACAGGGAGGGCAACGCCAGGGCGAUCGGCGUCCUGUCAGACUUUGACUUCUGUCAGAGAACCAUAAAGAGGAUGUUUGGGGAGUGCGGGCUGACCGGGCACCUCGCUGUAGAGUACAGCACAGUCCUCAGCACCGCCAACUCCAUCAACUGGGCGCGGCUGUUGCCACAGGUGGUUUACCAUUCUUCAGCUUAUCUGGAUCUAAUCAGAGACGGUGUUAUCAAGUUCGGUGAGCCCAUUGAUGUUUGCAUCCCUUCUGGUAACUUUGGCAAUGCCAUGUCAGCAGUGUACGCCAAGCAAAUGGGCAUCCCAAUAAGAAAAGUAAUCUGCGCGUCCAACCACAACCGCAUCAUCACGGACUUUAUCACCACAGGCGAGUAUGAUCUCCGGGGACGGCCUCUGAUGCUCUCCCACUCCCCGGCUAUAGAUAUCCUGAAAUCCUCCAACCUUGAGAGGUUUAUCUACCACGUCUCAAACGGAGACGGCCGUCUUGUCAAGGAGCUGUUCACACGCUUAGACAGACAGCAGCACUUUCAGGUUCCUGAGCCUCUUCUUGGCAGGAUGCGGCAGGACGUGACGGCCGGCUGGUGCUCGGAAGACGACUGCUUGGCCGCCAUCCAGAGCGUUCACACACAGGCGGGCUACCUCAUGGACACACACACCGCUGUUGCUAAAGUGGUGGCUGAUAGGCUGCAGGACGGUUCGUGCCCCGUGGUGCUUUGUUCCACCGCUCACUACGGGAAAUUUGCUCCCGCUGUGUUCAAAGCCUUACAAAUCCCAAAUGUUCCUGAGGAUCCCCUUGAGCAGCUGAAGAAGCUCGGAUCGACUGCAUCCAGACCUGAAAUACACAGAGACAUGAUGAAAUGCCUGGAGACAAGGGGCAGGAGGGAACACACCGUUUGUCAGGCUGAGUACAGUGUGUUGGUAGAAGAGGUGGAGAGCAUGAUACACGACUCCUUCUUGAAAGUUAUGUAGGAUUAUUUUAGCGUUUGUUAAUGUCCACCUCAACUUAACGUUUUCAACUUUUAAGUUUAAAUCGGAAUUCAUCAUUUACCAAAAAGUCUAUUUUUCAUAUGUCCUGUUUGUAUCAUGUGCUCUUCAUUCUUUCAAUGUAUUUGUAACGUUUUAAAGCACGUUUAACAAAUAAAAGGAAAAAAGGUAAAAUCUUGCUAAAGAAAGAAAUUUAAACAGAAAAUAAAUCAAUAACAUAAAAUUCAAUAAAAUGUUAGGCAUGGUCAUGAAAUUGAUUUUAAAGACAUCAUUUAAAAGGCCAAAUCCUGCCUGAGCAUGCAGGCUUGAGUAAAUGAACAUGUAAACUCUGAUUAUACUAUAAUAGAGGCAGAAACUCAAUGUAAAUCCUGUUGAGGCUAUUGCUUAUCUAACACUUCUUUACAUCAUUAUCCAGAGCCCUGGGGAUGUCUACCUCUUGGCCACUGCUGGAAUCACUGGUGCAAGCAUUGCACUAACAGUAUGGUAUCACUGUAGGGGGAAUUAAUGACUAUGGCUAAGUCCAGGAGGUCAAAUAAACAGUUACUUAGUUAGUUAGUUAGUUAGUUAGUUAGUUAGUUAGUUAGUUAGUUAGUUAUGUUUUAUUUCUGUCAUGCCAAACAUUU